AUGACUUUGGACUACGAGAUUUAUAAAGAAGGAGGCAUCUUAAACAACCGAUACCAAAAGAUAGAAGAUAUUAGUGAAGGUUCAUAUGGUUACGUCUCGUUGGCUAAAGACGUCAGGGAGAAAAGAUUGGUUGCAGUCAAAUAUAUUUUCAAAUUAGAAGAUGACGGCCACUAUGAAGGAGACGACGACGACGACGAUUAUGCCAAUGAUUGUGACGAUGACGGCGAUGAUGAGAAUACCAAAGUUGAUGCAGACGGCCAUGAAGAUGGAGAUGUUAAUGCUGCUACAAACAACGGGUCAAGUAGAGAGAAGAAACACAAUCUUUACAAACAUAAAAAGUCUUUGAUUUCUUCGAAAGUCAAAUCAAGACUGUCCAACAACAUCUGUCUCGAAGCCAUGUAUGAAGUAGAUAUCCAAACAAAAAUUGGUAGACAUAACAAUAUUGCAGCUUUACUGGAUUUUUUCGAUUCAUAUAUCAUCAUGGAGUAUUGUUCGGGCGGUGAUUUGUAUGAAGCAAUCAAAGCCGAUGCUGUCCCAAAGAAGACCAAAUCUAUCACUCAUAUAAUCACCCAAAUCAUGGAUGCCAUCGAAUACGUUCACAAUAAUGGUAUUUACCAUCGUGAUAUAAAGCCGGAAAAUAUUUUGAUUUCUGGAAUAGAUUGGACAAUCAAACUUACAGAUUGGGGGUUGGCCACUACAGACAAGACUUCCAUGGAUAGAAAUGUUGGCAGUGAAAGAUACAUGUCGCCGGAAUUGUUUGAUAGCAACUUGGAUAUCGACGAAAGAAAGGAACCUUACGAUUGCGCAAAAGUUGACUUGUGGGCUAUGGGUAUCGUUUUCCUUAAUAUUGUUUUCCACAAGAACCCAUUUAGCAUCGCUAAUCAAUCAGACAAAUCCUUUUGUUAUUUCGCUGCCAACAGAGAGGCUCUAUUCGAUGUUUUCUCUACAAUGGCUUAUGAUUUCUUCCAAGUACUAAGAUAUAGUUUAACCAUUGAUCCUACCAACAGAGAUUUAAGCAUGAUGAGAACUGAAUUACAAAAUUUAUCCGAAUACACCUUGGAUGAUGAGUACUACAACAACGUGGACGAAACCUAUGAAGAAGCUAUGAACGACGGUUUACCUCCUCAACCUGUUCCUCCUUCUUCUGCUCCAGUCUCUUUACCUACCCCUAUAUCAUCUAAUAAUAAACAACCUGUACCAGAAUUCAAAAAAGAUUUCAAUUUUAAUAACACAAAUGAAAGAAAGCGUCCAGAUGCUCCUCAGAAUCAAAAUAUUGUGAACAAUCCCUUCAAGAAACCUUCCACUCAGCAACAGAAGAUUUCCAGCCAAAGUUAUAAUCACACUUCACCGUCUCCUUACGAAAGGGCGAAAUCUGUUCCUAAAUUCAAAUUCAAGAAACGCAAUAAGUACGGAAAGACUGAUAAUCAAUAUCCUAAACCGGUCAGUAUUGAAGAUAGGAAGAAGAGUAAAAUUCUUAAGGAAUCAAGGAAACCUUUGGGUAUACCAACACCUAAUACUCAUAUGAAUAACUUUUUCCAUGAUUAUAAGGCAAAGGAUGAAUUUAACACUAGAGAUUUUUUCACUCCUCCGAGUGUCCAACACAGGUAUAUGGAAGGGUUUUCCAACAACAAUAAUAGACAAUACAGACAGAACCGUAAUUAUAACGGCAACAAUCAUGGAAAUAAUUAUAACUUCAACAACGGUAAUGGCUAUAUAAAGGGCUGGAACAAGAACUUCAAUAAAUAUAGAAGACCUAGCUCUUCCAGUUGCACCGGAAAAUCACCACUUUCAAGAUAUAGCAUGAGCUAUAACCACAACAAUGGUUCCACCAACGGCUAUACAAGGCGUGGCUCCACUAGUACGGUUCAACAUUCGCCAGGCGCUUAUAUUCCACCAAAUGCUAGAAACCAUCACGUCAGCCCUAGCAAUCAUCUUUUAAGGGUUCCACAAUCUACUGCUCCGGAUAUCUCCACUGUUUUAGAUAGCAAGCCUUCAUAUCACGAUCAUUAUACUCAGGAUAACAUAGACUCCGAGGGAGAACAAGAUUCGGACGACGUUCUAUUCACUCUUGAAGAAAGUGAUCACGAUUUUGUCAAUGGAAUGGACAAUUUAUCCAUACAUGAUCACUUGCCACCAAUAACAACAAGUGCCCAAAGCGGUAUUUUUGCUCAUGCUAAUAACAGCCACGAUAACAGCGAUACUAGCAAUACUAAUAAUAAUGAUCACCAUCACAAUAGACAAUAUAUUCCACCUCCCUUAGCAACAUCAUUGCAUAUCAACAACAAUAAUGAAACUAACGAACUACCUGAUUUAUUAAAAUCACCAGCAUCUUCCGAAGCACAUCUAAAUUUAUCUUCCGGACCAAUUGAUCCGAUAUUGACAGAUAGUAGUAAUAUUGGCAACAGAUAUUCACGCUCAUCUGAUUCUAAAGAACAACAAGAGCAAGAUCAAGAUCAAGAUCGUAGGCUCAGUAUGGAACAAAAGUUCAAAAAUGGAGUUUAUGUCCCACCCCAUCAUAGAAAGAGUUUCAACCUAGGAACGCAAGAACCACCUCUGAACAUGAAAUCAAGUAAUGAGGCUACAUUAUCGGUCUCGCACAAUUCUGUCAAUUUUGGUGGAUCUUACAAUUCAAGACGUUCUAGUAUCAAUGACCCUAACCCAUUGCAUAUGAACAAGACACCUGACAAUAUGCCUGCAUCUCCAGGAGCCAAGAAUUCAUUUGCUGGGUUCCCUAAACCAUUAUUACCGCGUAAUCAUUCUAGCACCACAAUUGCAUUACAAAACGAAGAUGUAUUCGCGGAUUCCAACAAUGAUGCCAUAAUCUUCGAAGACGAAGAAUACGACGGGGAAAGUGAUAAAAUGGUUCAUGGCAAGAUGGGAGACGGUGGUGAUGAAUCAUCAUCAACUUCUCCAGAUGAAAGGCAAAUUUUUGGACCAUACGAAAUUUAUGCGCAAACUUUCACCGGCUCCACUCAUGACAAAAAACUGAGGGCUGGUAGAAAGUCUAAUAUUCAAGAUGAAAUGGUCGGGUCGUUGGAGCAGUAUAAGAACAACUGGCUAAUUCUACAACAACAGGAUUAA